GUUCCUCACCUGUUAUUUAGAAUUUGAUAUAAAAGACGCUAAUUGCUUUAAAAAUCAAGCAGGGCCCCAAAGUGAACAACAUUCAUGGUCUUGUGCCUGUCAUGUUGCAUAAAGCCACCAACUGUAGUAAGACGAUAUACUGGGAGUAAACUGUGGUAAUAAGAAACUGCUGAUAAUGUAGUUUAUCAAAUUUCAUUCUGUAAUAAACACAAACAAAAGAUUUGCGCAUCAUCAUGUCAUUUCACUUUACCAUUGACCUUACAUCAGUUCACAUUGUUUUCACAACAGCAAUUUCCAAAAGUCAAUUUUCAUUACAGUUAAUCAGUGUAAUAAACCAGACAGCAUGAGGCAGCGAACGGUGGUGAUGAAGGUAGAGAUCGGUUGUUUUUUGUCCUGUUUAAGUGGAUGGAUUUUGAUCUGCUCUACCUUGGCCACUGAAUACUGGAUCGUUUCGGAAAGCGCAGAAGUCGUUCUCAGUAAUGGUGAUUACUAUUCGAACCUGUGGAUGAACUGUGUCUCCGACUCCACUGGGGUUUCUGAUUGUAAAUAUUUCCCCUCCAUGAUGGACCUUUCUGUUUUCCUCCAUGUGAGCAGGGCUCUGGUCAUAGUCUCUGUGAUUUUGGGCUUCUGGGCGGCUGUGCUUGCUCUCAUAGGAAUGAAGUGUACCAAAAUUGGAGGCUCUGAGCUAGCUAAUGCCAGAGUUACAUUUGCAGCGGGGUUGACGUACAUGGCAUCUGGGUUUUGCGGUAUGACCGUGUACUCCAUGUGGGGACAGAAGGCCCGUGCUGAAUUUUUGGAUCCAUAUUUCUUAGAAUUUAAGUAUGAGCUGGGUGCUGCCCUAUUCAUCGGAUGGGGGGGAUCGUGUCUGAUUAUAUGUGGAAGCGCAGUCAUGUGCUUUUUCUCUGGGAGAGAGUCAUUUCAAAGGUUUAAUGCAAAAGUUAAAAGACCCCUGACCUACAUGACAGCACGUACCAGACAGACAUACAUGAUGCCGGGCUCUUCAAGACCCACAACGGUCCUCACGCCUCCUUUAUAUCUGCCAAACAGAGAAAAUAGAGGAAGUCAACCGAGUGGAGCCAGGAGAGGAACACAAGAAAGUCAAUUUUUAGGAACGAUCAUAUCUCGACCGCUUCCUAUAGACUCAGCUGUGUGAUCUGAUGUGAAAUGAAAACAAUACGUUAUUACAUUUGGUUUAAUAAUUUGAGUUUCUCCAAUGCUGACCGAUUUCUAAAACAGACCUUUGUGAAAUAUUACAGUGCUCUUGUACGGUAAAGAACAAAGAGGAAAUUUUAAAUUAUUAAAUUAAUUACAUAAUACAAAUUGUAUUUAUUUAUUUAUAAAGUGCAACAUCCCUGAGUAGGUGUACAUGUAUUAUAUUAUAUGGGACCCUGCUUGUAAAAACCAACCUGAAGAAGUCGUUUUUUUGUGAUAUUAUAAAGACAUUAGAAAUAGACGCAUAAAAAAUUGUACAGCUUUUAUGGAUGUAUGGUCAAUAAAAGAUUAUGCAUACAUACAUCAUCUGUGAUUGUCCAUAGUGUGAAUUAUGUGAUGUGGUGUUUAAGGAAAAAGGGAAACUAUAUUGUGUCACACUUUAAAAUCAAACACAGCUGCUUUUGUGAGACUGGGCGAUGACAUCACUUCUGUAAAUGAAUUUAAUAUAUGUUUGUGAUGUUCUUUUUAUUGUUUUUAUUUAUUUUAUUUUUGUGUAUCUGAAUUGUGAAAAUAUGUGACGUUAUGUGGACUUUUGUGUGCCCAUUUGUAUAAUUCUGAACAUCAAAUGUUCAA